AUGAAGAACAUCAUUCCUGAAAACGAGAUCACCCUGUCUCUACAACGACCGGGGAGCUCCCCACGCUUUGUGUACGGAGUCUUGAUGCUUCCUACCGUCCUCAAAUACUACACGGAUAUCGACCAGCGGUGCCAAAUUCAUACAACCAUGACGAAAGCAACAUUAUUUGGGUGCCAGCUAUAUCAGUUCAAGAAAUCCAGCACCCCAGUGAUCAUAGAGUCGUCCGAUACAAAGUCAACCGUGGAAGGGAUGCUGAUCUUUGAUCUGAAUGAGGAACAACGCAACGCCAUUUACGAACUAGAAUCUGGUCUGAUGCACCUGACCAGUGUUCAGGUGAAAAUCCGCCAAAAAAGCAAAAAUCAGAUACACAGCGUGCGAAUGGUAGAGGCAGGCACAUUCACUUGGAGUUCUGGUCUAUCUGGAUUGAUACCACUCCGAAAUCCGUUAUGGCGCGUUGACGGGUUCCUGAAAUGUCCCCUUUACCAGCAUAUAUUGGACUCACAGCACAGGACCACCGUUGGGGGAUCGGUAUGGACAAAUGAUCAGAAAGACCCGGGGAUAUUGAAUGAACGUCAACAGAGAAGUUGGAGCUGGUCGGGGCGCAACUGGGAGCCUUUGGACAGUCUAGAGGAAGAGUUGCCGGGCAUGUGGUGA